CGUUACAUACAAUUCACGCAAUGUUCCUCGAUUCAAAGAAUAAUGAAGUUUAAUGACAGUUAAAUAAUUAGCUAAUUAGCCUUUAGUUAAAGCUGAUUCAAAAUGACACCAUCUAUGCAUGGUUGUCAAGGUUUAACCCUCAUUCAAGAUUAUUUUGGAGAAUUCUACAUUAAUACCUUCACAUUUCAUUACACUAAUAUAAAAAAAAAAACUACAACUCUCAAAUUAAAUGAUUAUUAACGCAUGAAUGGUAAGCUAAUUGGAGGAUGAAUGGAUCUCUACAGGAGCCAAUGGGCUUCAUGGAUCUGUAGUAGGCGGGAGUUCAUCGUCAUAGGAGAUAGCCUAUAAAGAGGGGAGGGCCUGCGCAAAAAGCUGCACUCAUCUUUCCAGUGGCUCAAGCUGUCCUCUUUGAGAACGUAUACAGUCAAUAUGGACUCUGGAGUAAAGAUUGAUUAUGGUGUGGUAAGGGCGUACGAGGAGAUCAAGGAGCAUCACGCAGGUGAGGUGGCGAGUGAUCGGCUCAAGCUGGUCAUGUUACGCCUCAGUGACGACUACAGGAGCAUCAUCGUGGACGACGAGUCUACCCUCAGGAUGAAAGACGUGUCUAACGAGGACGACGUCUUCAAGAAGCUUGUUAGCAUGUUCCCCCCGGACCACUGUCGAUAUGCAUUGUAUGACUGUCGCUACAGAACCAAGGAGACUGACGAGGAGGACCUGGUCUUCAUCACGUGGUGCCCUGAAGAUGGUGUCCCACUGAAGGAGAAGAUGCUGAUCUCCACCACAGUGAUUACCCUGAAGAGGAAGCUGAAAGGUGGGUCCUUUUCUCUCUCGAUUCAAAAUGGUCAAAUUAAAUGUGGUGUUCACUUGACAAAUGGAUGUUUCAAAUCGUUUCCCCCACGUUUUAAAUAUCUAAUUUCUCAAACGUUAAAAGUAUUGUCUAUAAAAGUAUUUUUAUUCCAAAAAAUUGUUUAA